CAUUUAAGGUGGAACGGAAGAGUUUGAACAAGAACCUGGCGAAUCGGAAGCCGAGUCCAACCUCGUGUUUUUAUUAAUUUGCUCAACGAAUCCGUUCAUUUUAUGGGAUUUAAAAAAAACAUUUAUUUUAUUUUAUUUGAUAAAUAAUAAACCCGUGUCUGACCGUCCGCGGCGCUUCAUUCUGAAUGAAAGCUGUUUUUAUCACGCCGUUUUGGGAUCAACGCGGCGUGGGUUUGAGUCUAAAAUCAGAAAAGAAAAGGUAAAAAAAUCAGAAAGCAGCUCGAAGGAAACUCCUGAGUGUUUGGUCUGAAUUAAACAGCCCGACUAAGCUCGUUAGAGCCGCGCUGACCGUCAGAGUCGUGGAGACGUGGAAACUGUCAACUGCAGAGAAACGUACUCAGGCUCUUUACAGUGGUGCUGAUGGGAACCAGGCGACAUUAGGAGACACAUGAGCUGCUGCGUUUUUUAGUGUCCGAAAAUGGAGCCAGACACUAAACGGAGAAAAGGAACCGAGUAUGACACGGACUUGUGGGAUGUCCUCCCCGUCCUCUCAGAUGAACAGUCUCGGGACACUAAACUGCUGGAUGCUUAUGCAGCUCCCAUCACUGAAAAGAGAGAAACCUCACGUUUGGUGAAAGAGCUGGCUGUGGUCUACCCGUUACCAGAUCUUCAGCAUAUAAAGAGGGUAAGGGCUCGCAAAGACAAGAACGCUCCUCAUCCACUGGAGGUCAUUGUGUGUCUGGCUAGUGAUGUGUCAGGGCUGGAAAGCCAAAGGUCAACUCUCGCUGACCUGCUGAGCUCGAAGACCAUUGACUCCAGGGGCUUGGGCGAGCCUUUUCUCGUCCAAAUUCCAGCUAGUCCUCCACUAACCAGACCACAGUUUGAGCGAGCAAGCAAGCACUGGCCUACAUCUUUUCAUGAAGACAAGCAAGUCACUUCUGCCUUGAGAGGACAGUUGUUCUCUUCCAGUGAGAAAGCUAAAAUGGGAGAAUAUAUGAAUGCGGCUAUACAGGCUGCGAGGUCAGGCCACGCACUGGGGAUGGAUGCUGUGGGUGCAGUGAUUGUUGACCCCCAGUCUGGUCAAAUCGUUGCCGUAGGUCAUGACUGUAGGCAAGGUACUCAUCCACUUCAUCAUGCUGUAAUGGUGUGCAUUGACCUUGUGGCAUAUACGCAAGGAGGAGGUGCCUACGAAUAUGAGAAGUACCCAGCCUGCAGAUACAGUGUCCCUGAGUCACAGGUCACCACGAGUCACGAUGACCUGUCUAAAGAAGGAAACCACUGCAGCUCUGACAAAGCAAUGGAAAAUGGACAGCUGUACAUUUGCACUGGAUACGAACUUUAUGUCACCAGGGAGCCAUGCGUGAUGUGUGCCAUGGCAUUAGUCCAUUCAAGGAUAAGCAGAGUUUUCUAUGGAGCAGCUUCUACAGACGGUGCCUUAGGAACCAAGUAUAAAAUUCACUGUCAAAAAGACUUGAAUCACCACUUUGACGUAUAUAAAGGAGUGAUGCUACAGGCUUGUGAGGAACUGUUGGACUUAAAGUAAACUUUUUUAAUGCUUUGUUUUUAAUAGACAUGGACUUUCCUAAGAUCUGCUUUGAUUUUAUGUUUGAGUUAAAGGGCCCAUCUCGUAAAAUAACUGAAUUUUCCUCCCUUUUUUUUGUUUUUAUUAAUAAGAGUUUGCUAUAGUACAUAAACAGUGGACUUUUAGCAAUGCAUACCAUUCUUUCCCCAGUCCAUAUUUGAAAAACUAAGCUGCAAAAACAGUCUGUUUUAAAUGAAUUGUUUCUGUGAUGUCACACAAACAUGUUUACAGGUGGUCAUUGUUUCAAGCUUUAGCUCUGCCCAUUUAAACUAAAGUUAUAAAGAGCAUUUCAGCCCAGAUAGCUUUUUAAAUGAAGCGAAAUGCAGGACUGCCAGCUGGAACAGAGCUCUUUUACUUAUGUCUGUUUAAGAUGUACAAGAACAAAAAAAAACAAAAAAAAACAAAAACAAACAAGACUGCUCAACUCUAAGAGAUAGUCAGGUUGGAAAAUCAUCACAUAAAAUGUAUUAUGACUGUUUUGGUACAUAAACACACACAAAUGUCAUAAGCAGACCUCAAAGAUAAAUUGCAAAGAAAAAGAGUGGUAUAGGCCCUUUAAUGUCAGGAAGGAUAAAAUAAUCUGUCACCUAGUUUUUGGAUGGCACACAUUUCCAUUACUUAUCAGCUGUAUUAGCCUUGCAAUUUCAGAGCAGAAGGAAAUUCAGACACCAAACAUGCCUUGACUGACAGAUUACAUUUGGGCUAAGAACAAAAGUGCAUAGAUUUGAUUUUUCAGUGAAACUACCAUUUGAUUUGGAUUGUAUUUAUAUUUUUAUAUUCUUUUAACAAGUGUAGAUAAGAGUUCCUAAUCACACUGAUUUUCCCACUCAGGGCUAUAACCUAAAAAAUGUUAACUUUACAGGAUAAACGUAUUCAUUUUAAUGCGGGUUAGGAAAUGUUUGAACAAUUCUAUCUGGUCCAGUCCUUAAAAACUAUCAUGUAAAGAGCACCUACUGCAUUCAAAAUGUAGUAAAAUAGAGGGGAAGAUGUGCACUGUGACAAAAUACUACAGAUAAGUAAUGAAUAUAAAAUUAUUAUUAUUGCUCGAAUAAGCACCAACACGGUGCCAGUACAAACAACCCUGCUUUUUACUGCUAUAAGUGCUUUAAGAGUUCAGUUUUGUGAAGCUAAAAGGGAACCCUGGAUGUGCUUCUUGAGACGGGGCAAGAGUACGCUUUUGGAUGAGUUUUGCUUUUUACUGCAUACUGACAAAACUAAAUAAAUAAAAUCAAUGAAGAACAGCUUCAAAAAAAGUGCCUAAAUGCAUGGUCAUUUAUUCUAAUAUUUAUCUAACCUUUAAGAGUAAAUAAAGACACAUUCAGUGUCUUUUUGAAAAAUAUGCAAGAGUGUUGAAAGAGAAAACAGCACAGAUGAGCAUGAAAUGUUUUAAUGGGCCUAUAUCACAUACAGGGGUCUUUUGAGCUCCAGUAACACCAUGAAUAAGCAGAGGCCAGAAAGGACUAGCUGCCUUGGUAAUCAAGGAGAUUCACAGUUAUGUCCUAAACAAGCACACUUUAAUAAAUGAGUACAUAAACAUAUCUGAGUAAACACUAAAGCACUGUUAAUGGAUGUUUCUUGUCACUUAAGCGCUGAGACAUCAACCCACCGUAUGACUAUUUACACUAUCAAAAUACUUGUCUAACAAACGUUUUUCAGAAAAUCAUGCAAGACAUCUUUAUUGUUUUGUAAAGCACUGAUACAAGAAAAAAAAAGUCAAAGGAAAAAAAAAAACAGCCUAUCAACGACAGUGUCCAAUUCUUACAAAGAACUGGUCUUAAAAACAG